AUGGCUUCGAAAUAUUCUGUACGCAAGAUUGGCCAACCUAACACUCUCGAGCACCGCAUCUACAUUGAGAAAGACGGAAACAUUGUUUCCCCUUUCCACGAUAUUCCACUAUACGCUAAUCCAGAGGGAACAAUUCUUAAUAUGGUCGUUGAGAUACCACGAUGGACCAAUGCCAAGUUGGAGAUUAGCAAAGAACAAACUAUCAAUCCUAUAAAGCAAGACAUAAAGAAAGGCAAGCUUCGCUAUGUUCGUAACUGCUUUCCCCACAAAGGGUAUCUUUGGAAUUAUGGCGCCUUUCCCCAGACAUGGGAAGACCCUAAUGUGAUUCACCCAGAGACGAAAGCUAAGGGUGAUAACGAUCCCUUAGAUGUCUGCGAGAUUGGAGAACUAGUUGGAUACCCCGGGCAGAUCAAACAAGUCAAGGUACUUGGAGUUAUGGCUUUGCUCGAUGAAGAAGAAACAGACUGGAAGGUUAUCGUCAUUGAUGUUAACGAUCCUCUAGCAGCAAAGCUUCACGAUGUCGAGGAUGUUGAGAGACAUCUCCCUGGUCUUUUGAGGGCAACCAAUGAGUGGUUCCGAAUCUAUAAAAUUCCAGAUGGAAAGCCUGAGAAUCAAUUUGCCUUCACUGGCGAGUGUAAAAACAAAAAAUACGCCACCGAUAUAGUUCAUGAAUGUGCGGACGCAUGGGAUAAACUCAUCACAGGAAAAGUAAACCCUGGAAGUAUCUCAACAACAAAUGUUACGGUUCAAAAAUCGCCAAGCCGCGUCAGCCCUGACCAACUUCCUCCAAUCCCACCCAAUGAGAAUCUACAACCCGCACCUAUAGAUCCUAGUAUUGACAAGUGGUUUUUCAUCUCUGGUGCGGCAGCUUAG